AUGGAACAAGCGGGUCUACCAACUUCCUUUAACCAACAGGUGAGCGGGUUUAUUUCAUCCAGCGCUGUGGCCUACUUGUCUAAACAACUGGAUGAAGUAAGCAAAGGAUGGCCAGGAUGUCUACGAGCUGUGUCGGCGGUGGUCUUGAAUAUUCAGGAAGCCCGAAAAUUUACCUUGGGCCAAAAGAUCACAGUGCUGGUCUCACACACAGUAUCAGCUGUACUGGAACAAAAAGGGAACCACUGGCUUUCCCCAUCCCGAUUUCUACAAUACCAGGCCAUUCUGAUUGAAUCAGAUGAUAUUGAUAUUGUAGUAACUAAUAUUACAAACCCAGCUUCUUUUCUCAGCGGGUCAAUCUCUGAACUAUCGGUACAUGAUUGCUUAGAAACCAUAGAGACUGUGUACUCCAGCAGACCAGAUUUGAAAGAGGAACCCCUGGAAGAUGCACAGGACUCCUCGUUCACGGAUGGAAGCAGCAUUGUCGGACAAGCUAUCCAGGAGGCCCAGCUCAGUAACCUGGAGGCUGUGAACAAACGGGCUGCCCUGACACCCGACGCGUACCUGAACAUGACGCAGGACUGCAGCAACUUCAAGGAGACCCGGCGGUUCAUUGAGUUCCCGCUGAGCCAGGAGGAGGCAGAGUUCCCCGUCGCCUACUCCAUGGUCAUCCACGACAAAAUCGAGAUGUUCGAGCGGCUCCUGCGGUCGCUCUAUGCCCCCCAGAACAUCUACUGUGUCCACGUGGACAGGAAGUCCCCAGCUGCCUUCCAGGAGGCUGUGCGGGCCAUCAUAGCCUGCUUUCCCAAUGUCUUUGUGGCUAGCCGCCUGGAAGAGGUAGUCUACGCCUCCUGGUCCCGGCUGCAGGCCGACCUCAACUGCAUGCAGGACCUGUUGCAGAGCCCCGUGCCAUGGCACUACAUCCUCAACACCUGUGGCACCGAUUUCCCCAUCAAGACCAAUGCUGAGAUUGUACGUGCCCUGAAGGUGCUGCAGGGGCGCAACAGCAUGGAGUCAGAGAAGCCCUCAGCCAUCAAGCAGGAGCGCUGGCGGUACCACCACGAAGUGGGGAAGUUCAUCUUCCGGACAGCCACAAAGAAACUGCCGCCACCCCACAACUCUCCCAUGUUCACGGGCAACGCAUACAUCGUGGUCACGCGAGCCUUCGUGCAGCACAUCUUCAAGAACCCCAUGGCGCAGCAGUUCCUCGAGUGGUCCAAGGACACCUACAGCCCUGACGAGCACGUCUGGGCCACCCUCAACCGCAUGCCUGGCGUGCCGGGCGCCAUGCCCCAGAACGACAAAUUCCAGCUCUCGGAUAUGAACGCCCUGCCCCGCCUGGUCAAAUGGGCAUACCUGGAGGGUGACACCAGCAAGGGUGCGCCCUACCCGCCCUGCACCGGCCGGCACCAGCGCGCCGUCUGCAUCUACGGGGUGGGCGACGUGCCCUGGAUGCUCCAGCAGCACCACCUCUUGAACAAACUGUUGCUGACUCAGUGGAAGAACUCAAGUCCCCCAACAUAA